ACUUCAAGUCAUGUCUUCUUUUCACUUUGAAACUUCCUUUUGGUCACAGAAACAACCAGAACAAACGUUACCUGAUUUUACAACUGGUUUUCAAGUACUACAUAAGAAACUGAACCAAAGUAAAGUAGAGAACGAUGAAGUCAUCCAGUUUUUCAAGGAUCGUAUUGCGUGUGAAGAACAAUAUGCAAUUCGUUUGGCAAAUACAAGACCCUUUCAAGCCUCUGGUUUUGAUGCUGACGAUGGUGCUACUCUCAAAAGUUGUUUUCACUUACUCAAGCAAACAAAUAUUCAACAAAGUCAACAACAUAAUACUAUGACAAACUCUCUUCGAACAACUGUAUUGGACCCAUUAGUUCAAUUUCAACAGGAAUAUAAACGACAUAUCUCUACAAGCAAACAAGCCAUGGAAUCUUCUAUUCGUCAACUUGAUGGUUUAGUCAAAGAAGCUGAACGCGCAAAACAACUGUAUCAUCGUAAAUGUCGUGAUGCUAACCAAGCCGAAGAACAAGCUCUCCAGAAUGUAUCCAAUACUAUUCCUCCAGUUUCACCUACAACUUUAUCAGAACAAACUAGUGAUGAUAGUAUAAAUAAUAAUGAUAAUACAACAUCUCUUCCUUCAACAAACAGUGAAUCCAUUCAACUUGGUAAUCAGGUCCUAUCAAAAUCAGAAUAUGAUCAAUUAAUUCAAGAUAUGCAUGCUUCCAUUCCAAUGCAAGAUCAUCGUGUUCCUAUCCUUGGCAAGUAUUCAAAUACUUCAACUGGUGAAAGUAUCGCUAUUUGGCUUCAGCAACAUUUGGCUCAAUGCAAAGAUUCUCCUGCGAUGGCUGAUGUCAUUGGUCAACAAUUAAUUCAACCCUAUGGUGCUCUUCGUUUGAUUGGACAACGUGGAAACAAGUUCAUUGCUUCUCCUACUUCCUUUUAUCAAUGGCGUGGUAUUGUGGCUUCUAAAACAAUGGAUGAUGACAACAACAGUGUAUCAGUGACUAACGGUGUCAGUACAUUGACUUUGGGUGGUCUUUUCGAUCGGAAAUCAACAUCAACAACAUCUUCCAUCACCGGUGAAGAAGUUCAUAAAAAGGCAAGAAGCGAAGCCGAACGUGCCGAUGAAGCUUAUAGAACAGCAAUCAAAAGAGUGGAUCAGAUGCGAACCGUUAUUGAAGAAUCUUUGUUUGCUCAUUUUGCUGAAAUGGAACAAGUGGAAAUCAACCGGAUAAAUACCAUCAAACGUGCCUUUACUGAAUACACCUCAUGUUUAUCAACCUCUUUACCCGUGGACAAGUCAAUGAUUGAAGAAUUAGUAGCUAAUCAAGAAUCUCUCAAGCCUGAUCAAGAUAUUCAAUAUAUUGUUCAACAAUACUAUGUAGCUGGAUUUUCUCCAAAAGCCAUCUUAUAUGAAAAUUAUUAUCACGGCGUUGCUCACGAUCAAAUAUUCGGUGUACCAUUAUCAGAAUUGGCAAAACAUGGUUCAGAUAAUGUUCCUAUAUUUAUUAGACGAUUAUUGGAUGCUAUUGAACAAGGUUCAAAAGAUAUGGAUGCUGAAAUCAAAAAAUCAUUAUGGUCUACCCCAAUUCCCCUGGAUCAAGUUCAUAGCCUUCGUACAGAUAUCAAUAUUUCAAGUGAUCGUGUCACUAUGGAUCUUUUACUUCAGCAGGAACCUGGGUUGUUGGUUGCUCUAUUAAGGCUCUACUUAUUGGAACUCCCUCAGUGUCUUUUUACCUUUGAGUUAUAUGAUGCUGCAUAUGCUCUUUAUGGUAACAAUGGUCAAGAUACAAGUCUGCUUCGAUUACCUGUUAGCAAUUUGAUAGCUAGUCUACCAGCCCCUCAUUUUGAAACUCUCAAGUUGAUUAUGCAGCAUGUCAGCAGAUAUGUCAAGGACAACAAUAUACCUGAUGAAACAAUAACAGCCAUUUGUCAGUCGCUAGGAUCUGUUGUGAUACGAAGCAAACAAGAAUCUUUGGUGACAUUGACAAGUCGGGUACCAACUCAUCUAACCUAUGAUAUGAUCAAGCAUUAUGACGACAUCUUCUCUGAUUCCACAUUACAAGCACAUGCCGAUAGUGAAAGACGUCGUCAAGCCAGUCCCUUAGUAGUUCCUGAAGCAACUGAUUAUGCACAUACAACAGCCAAUUCAUCAUCAUCUCAAGGCUCAGAUUCUCUCUCCAACAAUAAGAAACGCGGUAUCAUGUCAUUUAUGCGAUCAAGCAGUGUCGACGAUCCAAAAUGGAAUUUGAAUGUUUUUCGUAGCAACUCUACAUCACAACAACAACAACAAGAAACGACUUUAUCAACCAAUACAAAACAUACAUUCACAGCAUCUACCAUCACUCAUGAUUCACCUCCAUUGUUACCUCAAAAGGAUGAUCCCUCUCCUCCAGUUAAUCAAGUCAUGUUUGAUGUGUCUGAUCAUGUCACUCGAAAAUCAUCCAAAGAUACAACAACUGCUCAAACAAUACUAGAUGAUAUCGACGCCGAAGAUAGCAACCAUGAUUUGGAUCCUUUCUUUGAUGAUGAUUAGAAUAAUAUUUCUUUCCAGAUAGUGAUUCCCCCAUAUAAACAGUAUUUAUAUUCAUUUAUGCUUCCCCUUUCCCAAUUCAAUAUAUACACUCACAUUUUUAUAUAUACUCAUACAUAUCUAUAUCUUUUUGAUACACAACAGUCUAGUCCAAAAAAAAAAAAAGAAAAUACAAUAAACAAUCAAGUUUUGUGGAAUCAAUA